UCCAUUGGAGGGCCAGUUAGCUGACAACAAACAGCAGGCAAGUCAGUCUGUUAGUGAGUUCAUUGCAGUAUAGCUGCUAUCCAUUUGUACUGAAAUUUGAACAGCCAGAGGAAGCGCAUUUUUCAGUAUAUACAUAAUACAUACAUAUCUUGGAUCUUGAAUUUUCGCUAUAUCUACUUUGUUAUCAUUUUGCUUUUCAAGAAUCUUGGAUUGAGCUGAGCAGCGCUGCUACAAUGGCUGGCGUCAAGAGUCCGGAUCGAAUCACACCAUUGCCCUUCACAAGUGGUGAAGAGUAUUUACGUUUGUUGCGCGAAGCGCAACGCGAAUCAAAUCACUCCAGUCGUGUUGUCUCACUGGCCAGUUCGCGCCGUGAUACACCCAGGGAUAGCCCCAAAUCGCCACCAAACAGUCCGAAUACCGAGCUCACACCCAAUGAAGAUCUCAAGAAUGUUUACAUUAAUUAUUGGAAUAAGGAGGGCGAUAGUCACAAAGACACAGACUGGCUGGAUGAAUGGAAUAGCCGACCGGAUCAAGAACCACCAAAAGAUUGGAAAUUUGAACAUCCACAAAAGAAGAAGGGUGCUGGUUAUUCCAUUCGUUUGACGCGUCUUGGCAAGAAUUCGCUAUUUUCCAGAGAAAUACUAUACUCGCUCAUUUUGUCGAAUGUGCUGUCCUUGUUAUUAGGCGCUGGACUAGGCUUAUGGCUCAGCAAACGUGGCAUUCUCUUGACCCGAGUUGUCAUUGACUGAACGGAAUGUUAAAGAAAAGUGAUUUAUAUACAUAUAUAUUAUUUUUAAUAUUAUUAUUUUAAACAAAGCGGAAAGCAGCAGCAAAACAAUGAGCGAAAGUUGUAAAAUAAAACAACGUUUUAAUAUUUGAAAUAGAAAAACAGUAAAACGAAAUUGAAAGUUAAGGAGCUAUCAGAAAUAUCUAAGAACGAGCGCAGAUGAAACAGUUGUAAAAAUAUUUUCAUACCACAAAAUAAGUAGCAGUGAGAAUAUUUAUAGCGAAGAUUAACAAUAAAACAGCAACAACAAAUAACAUGGAAUUAAGAAAGAUAAGAAUUUUUUAAAAUAAAGCGAUGACAUUUUUAUGCGCAUAUUAAACGCAUAAAAUCAUAUGUAUGUAUAUGUAUGUAUUUCUGUAUGAAUAUAAUUACUUAUGUGCAUUGCGUUAUAUGGAAAGCGUGCGAUAGCAGUUAGAGCAUUCGAUAAUCAGCCAAUAUAAAACCGUUGCCGGCAUUGAGAGACACCAAGAAAUGUAACAAAACAAAUUAGUAAGAUAAUUAUAUACAUACAUACACUACAUAUAAAUAAAUUUAAAAAAAAAAACACAUACAUAUAUACAAGCAACUAGCGUUGUGUGAUUUGAUUGAGUUCAUUUCAUUGGCCGUACGGGAUCUGAUCAGUAAGUGGAUUUGAAAGUAUGCUGCAGUUGCAAGUUAUGGGGAGAGUAUUUGACUAAUCACACAAACGCAAAGCAACAAUUUAUACAUAGAAUAGAGAAAUAAAAGCAAAAAUAAAAACAAUUCGAUUACCAUA